AUGUCAUUGAAAUUGGUACCACAACAAAGAGGGAUAGUUCAUACUUACGGAUUCAAUUUAACUGCAUUUGAGUUCACCACGGAUCCCAGCAACAUAUCGCCAAACAUUAUCUUAUUCGUGGGUGGUUUAGGAAAUGGUCUAUUGAACAUUCCAUAUUUGCCCGAAUUAGCUGAUUCUGCAAGCAAUGAGUUUCAAAGCACAGAUGGUGGGUCCUGGAGUUUAGUUCAGGUCUUACUAUCCUCUGCCUACCAAGGUUGGGGUACAUCAUCAUUGGAUCGUGACACGUCGGAAUUGCAAUCUGCUAUUGAGUAUUUCCGUUCAGAACGUGGUGGUAAUAGACAAAAAAUUGUGAUCAUGGGACAUUCCACAGGGUGUCAAGAUGUGAUUCAUUAUCUAACAAAGACGUUAUACAAAGAAAAUAUACCUGAAACUUCUCAGGUGCAAGGAGGUAUAUUACAAGCUCCAGUUUCAGAUCUGGAAGCACUUCUGUCGGGCCGCGAUCCCACCAAACACGAAGCAUUGGUCCAAAGGGUUUACGAUGAAUAUAUUUCCAAAGGGAAAGAGAGUGGGAUUUUACCUCAAGAGUAUCGUAAACUUACCUGGGGUGUACCUACAUCUGCUUACAGAUUCUAUUCGUUGGCUAGUAAGAGAGGCGAUGAUGAUUAUUUUUCUUCUUAUUUGACUCAAGAGGAUUACACCAAAAGUUUUGGUAAAGUAAAUAAACCACUUCUUGUGCUUUACGGAAGCAUUGAUGAAUUUGUGCCUGAAUAUGUUGACAAGGAAAAUUUGGUCAGCACUUGGAAACAAUCAACUUCAUCACAGUAUUGGAGCGAGCACAGUCAAAUAAUUAAAGGUGCGACCCAUAAUUUGGGGGAUGGCUCCGAUGCUGGUGUUAUCGAACAUUUGGUGUCAGUGGUGAAAAAGUUUAUUAGUGAUCUAUAG